CGCAGAUCUGCAGCAUCUCAGGUUUUCGCUUCCGAGGCCCCGCCCCCGCUCUCACAGUCUCCGGAUGGGCGGAGGUUUUCUUUCCGUUCUCUGUUGAAGCUGAUCGUCGGCGUGGAGCCGGUGGACGGAUCUCGCUGCUCUCCGGACAAAUUGAUGAUGUUCUCAUCGAACAGCAAAAACUGAAAACUCCUGUCCACAAAAUGGAUCAAGGUUCGAGCAGUGGAGGAGCUCCAGUGACGUCAACAUCAGGAAAUGACACGGGUCCGGGCUCAGUGAUCACCAAGCUCCUGGCAAGUUGUAACGAUUCCCAGCUGCUGCGGUUGACGGAUUUCUACAGGGACAGGCUGGAGCAGGCGAUGGAAGGAGGGGUGCACGGAGUGAGCCUGGCGUUAAUGGCCAAGAAUCAGUUCAGUGUACAGGAACAUCGGAAAAUCUCUGAUCUCGCUGAUAAGGGAGAGCGGGCGGACAGUUCUGAACUCCUCCUGAGCCUGGUGAUGGAGAAAGGCUCCCGCGCCCGCAGGGUGAUGUGGGAAACCUUUGUGAAAAUGCGGAUUGGUGUUCCAGAGAUGGACAAAAUACUGAAGGAAAUACAGGAACAUGGUUGUGAUCCUUCCCAUCAACCAAUUUCCGCUCAACUUUUACUAAAGGUUCUCAGUGAGCUGAAAGAUGUUCAACAGAUACACAAGGAGACUCUGCGGGCACAAACUGAAACACUGAGAGUGAACACGAUCCUGAUGAGGGAGAAGGUGAAGGUUUUCCAGCUGGUUGAUCGAUACGCUGAGCUCACGGUCAUUUCUACUAUUCGAGAUCUGAGACUGGUGGAACAUGAGCUGCUGGCAAGAGGCAGAGAUCACGAGGAGUGGAGAGAGAAACAUCUCCGCGGGGAGCUGGAGAAAAUCCGGGCGGAUCAGUUGAUCCAGAGCAGCUUUUCCCGGAGUAAAUCCAAAUCUGGGAGUUCGGCAGCAGUGGCCGGAGUCCCGGGGAUCGGGAAAACAACAAUGGUACAAAAGAUUGUUUAUGACUGGGCCACAGGGAAAAUAUACCAACAAUUCCAGUUUGUCUUCAGUUUCAAAUUCCGCAAUUUAAACUCCAUUAACUGCCGAAUAAACCUGAGGGAAAUGAUUCUGGAUCAGUAUCCUUACUUUGGGAAUAUCCUGAGAGAGGUCUGGAAGAACCCAGAGGGAGUGCUGUUUAUAUUCGAUGGUUUGGAUGAAUUCAAACAAAAAAUCGAUUUUGCUGACAGUCGGAGAGAUACAGAACCCAAGCACCAGUGUCCAGAUCCGGAGUGGUGGUGUGAAGUGUCUGACAUUGUGUACAGUUUGAUCCAGGGCAAGCUGCUCCCAGGGUGUUCAGUGCUGGUGACCACCCGCCCCACUGCGUUACAUUUUUUGGAAAAGGCAGAGAUCAGUGUUUGGACUGAAAUCCUGGGAUUUGUUGGUGAGGAACGGAAGGAAUAUUUCAUCAGACAUUUUGAAGAUCAGAAGGUGGCGGAAGCUGUUUUCAAACACGUGAAGGAGAACGAGAUCCUGUACACCAUGAGCUACAACCCCUCCUACUGCUGGAUCCUCGCUCUGACACUGGGCCCCUUCUUCAUACAAAGAGUCAGGAACCCACAGCGAGUUCCCAAGACCAUCACCCAACUGUACUCCUACUAUAUUUACAACAUCCUGAAAAACCACAGCCGUGAGAUUGAGAACCCCCGUGAUGUGUUACUCAGGGUUGGUCAGAUGGCCUUCAGAGGAGUGUCCGGGAAGAAUAUUGUGUUCACAGAUGAAGAUUUGACCAAGUACAAACUGCAGCCUUCCCAAUUCCUGUCCGGGUUCCUGAUGGAGCUUUUGGAGAGAGAGGAUACUGCCCAGAGCGUGGUGUACACAUUCCCACACCUCACCAUUGAAGAGUUUGUAGCUGCAGUCGCACAAUUCCUGAAUCCACAUCCCGGGGAUAUCCUGAAAUUCCUCACUGAAGUCCACAACACAACAGAUGGGCGAUUUGAGGUGUUUCUCCGUUUUGUUGCUGGUCUCUCCAACCCAAUGACAGCUCGGAGCCUGGAGGAGUUUCUGGGUCCAUUUCCUCAUCAAACAACCUGCCGGGUGAUUGACUGGGUGAAGGAGGAGGUUAUACGCCAAAGUGGAAACACGAGGAGUAAAGCUGGUAAGAGGAGCCUCCUGAACACAUUGCACUACCUGUUUGAGUCUCAGAAUCGUGGACUGGCUCAGGCCGCACUGGGAUCUGUGGAAACACUUUCAUUCAGUAGAAUGACACUGACCCCGAUAGACUGCGCGGUCCUGUCUUAUGUCAUCGCACUCUGUGUUGCAAUAAAAGGCCUCGACCUGGAGUAUUGCCGCAUUCAGUGUGAAGGAAUCCAGCGAUUGGCUCCCGGGCUGCACAAGUGCCAGGAGUUGAGACUGAGUUAUAAUGAACUGGGAGAAUCAGAAGUGAAACUUGUGUCUGUGGCUCUGAGGAACCCGGAGUGUAAAAUACAGAAACUGUGGCUGAACGAUGUCGGUCUCAGAGAUUCUGGUGCCGAGGAUCUCGUCUCCGCUGUCAGUACAAACCGAUCACUGACGGAGCUGCACCUGGGAAUAAACUCACUCACCGACCAAUCUGUCCCCGUUCUCCGCCUUCUCACACUGACCCACCCGAGUCUGGAGCUGAUCUGGCUGUGGGGGAAUCAGUUCAGUGAGAACGGGGCAAAGGAACUGAGAUCUCUGCAGGAACCCAGACCGGAACUGAGGGUAUCAGUGUGAACAUCUGAAUGUGUAAACAUCCCCGCCCACGACAUGGAGACAUUUUGGCCGAUUCCCCGUCCUCCACUUUAACUCCCCUUUAAUGGCCGCUAGCCGGGGUAAUUCCCAAUGGUUCUAACAGACUCCAGUCUGGCGCGUUGUGACUUCGGAAGCUUUCGCACGGUGACGUAUACUGCCUGUUGUCCAACGGCCUAACUUCCGACGGUUGUGCGGGUUCGAGACUUCCCCAUCUGAGCCCCCGGGGGAUUACACAGACAGGUAGAGCCCCGGCGCCGGGACUCAAUCUGGGAGAGAAUCGAUUUGCUCCCUUUCCUGAAGACGGUGCAUUCGGCAGUCUGGCCGAUAUAAUGAUGUUAAAUAGACAAAUUCCUCGGCAGUGACCCUGGAUCUGCAGCGAUCCCGGACACGGCCCUGAAGUGUGAUUUUAUAAUCAUCGGUUCCCCGAUGGAGACUGACGGUGAGAAACGGGACUGAUUAUUCAACCUGUCACUCGUCGUCGCCGGUCAGUUAAUUGUGUGUGACAGUGAGUGAGUUGGAAGCAGCUUAUUUAUUCCCGCACGUCAGCAGCUCAACCAUUGUUUAAUUUACAUUUGUCAUGAUGAAAUCAAAUAAACCGCUGUAACUUCCUG